AGUUGGUGCGCGUAUCAAAAUAUCUUAGGGCGCUGUAAACGCUUGAUUCGAUUCGGGUCGUAUUAUACCCGGCAUUCCUGCUAGAUUGAGGUUAAAAGUAUGGUUCAGUUUAGCAUGUGGUAGAAGUUGGAUUUUACAAUUGUGAAAAUGUCGUGUAAAAAGGGUGCCAAUUGGACCAACGAUGAAACACGAACGUUUCUCGAAUUGAUUACGGAAAAGAGCAUUUUAAAUAUAAUUGAUGGAAAGAAACAUCGGCAUAUAGAGAUUUUCCGAAUGCUAGUACCCGAAAUGCAGACAAAGGGUUAUGAAAAAACAGCUGAGCAAAUGAAAUUAAAAUUAAAAAAUUUGAGAACAGCAUAUUUCAAAUGUAAAAGAAAUAAUAAUGUCAGUGGUGCUGCUCCGUCAACGUGUCCAUUCUACAACGAGUUAGAUAUGUUAUAUGGGAGCAGGCCAAGUGCCCUAGCUAGCAGCAGCAACAGUGAUCAAGUAGGAAUUGAUACCGCAGAAUUAAAUGUGGAAGAAAUUAACGAUGAGAAUGAUACCAGUUGUACGACUGCUGAAGAGAUUGACGAGAUAUUAGAUAAAGAAAAUGAAGUCCCACCAGCCAAAAAGCAGAAACGAACAAAAACUUGUGGGAGAAGAAGUUAUGAAGCAAUGAUGCAGAGCCAUACUGACAAAUUGUUCGAAUACCAAAAAGAAUUACUUAACAGCAUCACAAACAAGCAGAUGGAGUUCCAGAAAGAAAUUUUCCAUAACGAAAUGAUAGAGCAGAGAAAAUGGGAACAAGAAGAGUUAGCCAAGGAACGAGAGUUUCAAAAAGAACAAACAAACCUGAUUCUGGAUGCAUUUACCAAAAGUAUGCAGGUUAUUAAACCUCAAAUAUCUGCUCGUUCCACACAGAGUUCCUUGAAGCCACUGAAACUUAUUCCUGUAAGUUUAUUAAUUUUUUAAAUAAUUAAUCGUGUAACAACAUUAAAACUAAUACAUGCAAUAAGAUAUAUGUACAUAUAUUUGUACAUAUUGUGAUAUAUUUAUAAAUUUAAUGUAAGGGAUUUGAUUUUAUUAGUCUGAAAAAGUUAAAUAGUGAUUUAGUUUGAUUAUAAAUAUUUUAUUUGCUA